AUGGAUCCUUGUGGAAAGUUUGUAGCCGUGGGUUCCAAGAUAUACGAGGUGAAUGAAUCACUUAACGAUUACGGUACGUUAUGCAUCGACUGUAGAUCUCACACAGUGCACCCAAUCGUCGGCAUUCCCAAGCUCGUGGAAUAUGACAGUGUCGCUGAAAUCAUCGACGGUAAGAUUUACUUAAUCAACUCUGAAGGAGCCAUGGUGUUGGAUACAGAAACUCAAAAGUGGGAUCCUGCGACGAAAAAGCCAGACGUGGAGCUACGCCACAUGUGGAAUGAUUCUGUGGUGAUGGAGGAUAAUAUCUACAUGAGAGAUGAUGAUAACAGCUUUGUUUACGAGCCAAAGGAAAGUAAAUGGGAACUGGACGAGAUGGUGAACUCUGAGGAAUGGUGGGAUGCGUGCGUCGUCGACAACGUAUUGUACUAUUACAGGAACAACGAGUUGAAAGCGUAUGAUCCAAGGCAGAGGUGCUGGAGAGUGGUGAAGGGUGUGGAAGAGCUGUUGAGUAAGACGGCCGGUUCGUGGGGGUCGAGGACGGUGAGUUACGGUGAGAAAUUGGCUGUGUUCUUUCAUAAAACGAAUGGUCGGAAGAGAACGAGCGAGAUUUGGUGUGCGGAGAUUGCCUUGGAAACACGCCAAGAAGGAGAGGUUUGGGGUAAGGUGCAAUGGUGUGAUCAUGUUGUGUUUAAUGAUGGUGGUGGGAGACUCUGUGUCGUGGGAAAAUGUUUAGCUGUUUGUGUUUGA